AUGCACUCACUCAUGGACAUGGACAACGCGACAUUGGGAUUUCUUCGGUCGCCAUUUAGUAUUGAUAUACCGCAUGCCUUUGUGUAUAACGAUACACAGAACACAAGGCCAAUAUUCUGUGGACCGUAUAUGGAGACAGUGAAGCUAUUUGCCCAGGUCUAUCAUUAUCAACUCCAGCUGGAUGAACUUGAGAGUCUGCCCAAGAAGUCGCUUGUUGAGCAGAAAAUAUCCGAUGGCAACUAUAAUUUAUCACUGCAUGGAGUUCUGGUAAGAUCAGAGAUGGAGGAGAGAUUACCAAACGAAACGGAGCACAGUUAUCCGCUGGAGCUGAUGAGAAACUGUGUAAUGGUGCCUCUUGCACCCGAAUUGCCCAAAUGGAUGUAUGUAGUUUGGCCACUGGGCAGAUACAUUUGGACAUCCCUGGUCCUGGGCAUUUUCUAUAUAGCCUUUCUUAUGCGCUGGAUACACUGGCGUGAGAAAAGUCUAGCCACCAAAUCCAUCACACAAAAUAUGCUCUACGCCAUGGCAUUCCUGAUGUACAGUCCGAAUAUGAACAUGAAUUUGAAGCUCAGUAGACCUUCCGUACGGGUGCUUAUCUUCUAUACCUUGCUCUACACAUUGGGAUUCAUCCUCUCGAAUUAUCAUAUAAGUCACAUGACGGCUUUCGAUAUGAAACCAGUUUUCGUGCGUCCUAUAAAUAGUUGGUCGGAUCUAAUUUCCUCUCGAUUGCGGAUUAUUAUUCCGGAAACAUUGCUGGAAGAACUACGAUGGUUGCCUGACUAUCAGAAACUAAUGGCGAAUCCAUCACGUUCCUAUGCCUAUGUGGUUACCCAAGAUGCCUGGGAGUUCUUCAAUCGACAGCAACGUGUUCUCAUUCAACCGUAUUUUCAUCUCUCCAAUGUAUGCUUUGGAGGUCUCUUCAAUGCCUUGCCCAUGACCAAGAAUGCCAGCUUUGGAAAAACUCUGAAUCGUUUUGUUCUCAACAUUUGGCAGGCAGGUCUCUGGGACUAUUGGCAGGAAGUGGCAUUCCUUUACUCAGUAAAAGCGGGAUAUGCACGGAUAUUCCUAGACACUUAUCCAGUGGAGCCAUUGAAUCUGGAAUUUUUCAAUACAGCAUGGUUAGUCUUGAUUGUGGGACUUCCUGUUAGUUCUAUAGUUUAUUGUCUCGAAUACUUUUGGUACAGGAGAAGGAUGCAGAUGUUACAAUACGAUUACAAUAGUUUUGGAUGAGAAAAAUCCGAAGCAGUCGAAUUAGUUUA